CCCGAGCCGCGGCCGGGGCCGGGGCCGCCUCCCCCGGCGGCGCGGGUCCCCCCCGCUCGGCCUCGGCCGGCACCGCUGUCCUCCCCCGCCCCCGUGAGGCGAACCCUGAGGAAGAGCGUGGCUUUUUGGGGGGAGGCAUCGCUGAAAAUACCCCCCGAGACAGCCAGCUCUGCCUGUUCGGGCGCCUGCUGUUGCCCAGAGCCCUUGCACAGCAAAGCCGGGCAUCGCCCUGAGCCCCUGUGCUUAUCGCCUCUGCCAGGCCCUGCUGAAACAGACGAGCUGUGCCUCGUUAUCCGCAGGUGUUUUCUGCAUUGGAGCAGUCCUGGGGCAAGAACUGUGUCCUAAGGCAAUGGAAAACUACGUGGCGUCGAUGGUACUGAGCGCGGUUGGUGACGCGCUCGGCUAUUACAAUGGGAAAUGGGAGUUCCUGGAGAGUGGCCUGGCCAUCCACAAGGAACUGGAGGAGAUGGGGGGGCUCAGCAACCUCAGUGUCCAAGGUUGGAAAGUCAGCGAUGAUACCGUGAUGCACUUGGCCACAGCUGAAGCCCUGGCAGCUGCUGGGAAAAACCCACGUUUAGAGCAUCUCUAUUCCCUGAUUGCAAAGAACUACAAGGAGUGCAUGAAUGAUAUGACGGGCAGAGCUCCAGGUGCCACAUGUAAGGAAAAUGCACUGAAGCUGGAUCCGGGGCGGCCAGACGGCUGGAGGAUCCCGUUCAGCCCCCAAGCAGGAGGCUGCGGGGCCGCCAUGCGCUCCAUGUGCAUUGGGCUGCGUUUCCGCCGCCCUGCUGAGCUGGACACCCUGGUGCAAGUCAGCAUCGAGAGCGGCCGAAUGACCCACCACCAUCCCACCGGCUACCUGGGGUCCCUAGCUUCGGCCCUCUUCACGGCUUUUGCGGUGAACGGCGUGCCCCCCCCAGCCUGGGGGAAGGGCCUGCUGGAGGUGCUGCCGCGGGCGAAAGCCUAUGUGCGGGACACUGGCUUCUUCGUGGAGGAGAACAUGGGGCAAUGGCAUUACUUUGAAGAGCAAUGGGAAAAAUACCUGGUGGAGAGAGGCAUAUCAGACAGGGGCUCGCUGCCCACCUUCCCCCCCAAGUACGGCGUGGAAGAGAGAGACUCGUUCUACACCUCCCUCAGCUACGAUGGCUGGGGGGGCAGCAGCGGGCACGACGCCCCCAUGAUCGCUUACGACGCGCUGCUGGGCGCAGGGGACUCCUGGGCAGAGCUGGCUCACCGGGCUUUCUUCCAUGGGGGCGACAGCGACUCCACCGCCACCAUUGCAGCCUGCUGGUGGGGGGCCAUGCACGGCUUCCGGGGGGUCAGUGCCUCCCUCUACACCCACCUGGAGUACCGGGACCGCCUGGAGCAGGUGGCCAAGGACUUGUACCGCAUCGCCUAGGCGGGGGGGCAGCAGGGCCCCCCCAGGGGUGCAGUUACACCACCCACCGCCCCUUGCUCACGCAAGGUUUUCCAAACUCAGUUUGCAAACCUGCUGGAUUAAAGCGUGCGAGUGAAAGCCAGAGCCAGGCCUGCUUUUUCUGUUUGUGUGUGUUGGCUUCAGCGCAGAGGCCAUUUUGGAGCUAGCAGCUUGGGGCUUGUGGGCGGUGGGUGGGGGAAAAGCAGUUAGAAGGGCGUUUGAUGGGAGCAUGCAACAGUGCAUCUGUCCCUCGAGCAGCCAAGCCCUGAGACACCCCUCCUCAUCAGCAUGGUGGCUACACAUUGUCUGGUCCUCAAGGGAAGAAGGAGCACCCGCUGCAGCAUUGCUAGCGAUGCUCCAGCGGCAGGACAGGCAGCAAACCCCACACAAGCUGCCCCGAACUAGGGUCCUGCCUGUAGGAGCAUGCCAGAGGGGGUCAGAGCCGCACGCCUGGCGGCAGGGUGCGUACGUGGGCUGGCCCCAGCAAACCCAUGAUGGCUAACCCAUGCUCGCCUGCCCCGUAUGGCUGAUGGGGCUUGCCGGGGACACCGCUUGCCAUCUAGCACUGAGCAUGUGUAAAGCUAAAACCUUCGGUCCUUAGCACAGAGACCAUAGCAGGUACAGCCUGAGACGGCCUACCGGGGGCGGGGGGAGCAAACAGUCCGUUGUGUCUUGGGACAACAGUUUCCUCAUGCAAUUAUUUUAGAAGAGGGUAUUUUUUUUUGUUUGUUUUAAAUGAAUGUGGAAAAAACCCAAACCCAACCUGACAGCUGCACUGGCAGUGCACUUUGCACACUUUCACAGCACUUUUUUUGCUAUACAGGUAAGAACGUAUUACACUACUUCUCUAAUUCAGUUGAUGGGGGAGUUCAAGACUACUGACCAAACCCUUACUCAAGGUAGAAGUGGGUAAUGAGAAUUAAAAGGUUGUGUUUUACCUCAACUUCAGCAACUUCUGUAGUGAACUAUACUCUGCUUACAUCAAAGUUACUAAAGAUUAUUUGCUUAGCAUUUGCUGUGGAUAAUGCUGUAAAAAAAUACUUUUUUUUCCUCAAUCCAGACUAUGACAUGGCAAAGUACUUACUGUUUUCAGAGCAAUUUCAAAAAUUAUGUAUCCCUGUCAAUAAGUAGCCCUGCUGUGUCUCUC